CAACAUAAAUUAUUGACGGCGCUGUGUCUCAUGGGAUCGAUACGCUAAGAAUAAUAGGCGUUGUUCUGCAGCCUAAGCGACGCCGACGAUCAAGUAAUUUUCGUGGAGCUGGAUUUGCCAACUAAUUCCCGAACUUUUCACUUCUGAGGUAAGUAGUUCACUAGCCUUGUAACGUAUCCACGAUAGUCAAGCCUUUCCAUUGCCGCUUUCACUCUGUUGAUUGUGCUAGUCGACAGAAUAAAUAGGUGUGAAUUAAUCCAGUUACGCUUCGAAGAAUUGUUCAAAAACAGUUAAGAUAACAAAGAGCAGAAAUUCCAGUUUGAGGCAGACGAAAAGCCAAAACUAAUUCAGUUCAACCAAUUCAGUCGUAAUCUGUUCCCCAAUUCUCACUACGCGGUAGUAUCCCUAAUUUAUGCUCUGAAUUUUACUUCUACCUUUGGAAAUUGCAUCCCUAGAUCAAGUGUUUUCGUGGAGCGGGUUUGCUAGCCAUAGACGUGAACUUUUUACUUCUCAGUGAGGUAAGUAGUUUACUAGUCUUGUAACGUAUCCACGAUAGUCAUGUCUUUUAAUUGCCGCCUUCAUUCUGUUGAUUGUGCUAGUCAAUGGACUGAAGAAGGGUGAAUUAAUCCAGUCACGCUUCGACGAAUUGUUCAACAACAAUUAAGAUAACAAACAGGAACAAUUUGGUUUUAAAAAUUUUAUUGGCAAAAGAAAGGCUAAAAGUAAUUCAGUUCAACCUUUUAAGUUGAAAUCUGUUGCCUAAUUCUCAUUACGCGGCACUAUCGAUACUUUACACUGUGAAUUUUACGUCCACCUUAGGAAUUCCAUCCUUAGAUAUACUCCUGUGGGUAAAAUAUAAUUUACACACUAAUAAUAACUUAGGCCCCUGCUACUGCAGGGGAAUCAAACAAGAUUGCGAGUAUCAAACUGAAGGAGAUAAAUUCUCGAUAUUUUCAUUGCCCUUCACGUCAAUUUAAGUGUGUCCCUACGUUUCGUGGGUAGGGAAGCAUUCAUAUAGUCAUGCUAUUGUCUAGGUUCAUUUCCGAAUUAGUAGGGCUCCCGUCGAGUUUCAUUGGGAAAUGUAAGAUUUCUAUAGAAAUCGGAGCCCCUUUGAUCAACGCGUGACACAUUUUCUUUUGUUUAUCGUCCAAAAACGAACAAUAGCUUCGAAACUUGAAUGCAUAAAAUGUCUGCAGUCAUUCUUUGGAAUUCAUGCUUCACACGCGCUAACAAAAGAUGGCUGUGCAUAAAUUAAAACGCUAACAACAAGAAGUAAAAUACGAACUUUGGCCUACAGUCAUCAAAUAUGCUCGUUUAAGAUCUCUUUUUAAAGCUCUGAAAAUGCUUUGUUUCAAUAAAUACAAAUCAAACUUGAGAACAUUGAGCAAAAAAAAAACGUGAAGGCAUAACAUGUUUUCAAUCAUUCUUUAGAGUUCAUUGACACGUCAAAACAGUUCUAGACGCAGCCGCUCGAGGUCGUUUACUUGCGCUAUUGUUUCAUUCCUUAGAGUCUUCCUCCAAAAUGAUCUCGCCUUUUCCAGAACGCUUUAAUCCGAACUUAGGGCCUCUUCGUAUGAGCCCGGUUGACCGGGCUGGCCUGGUUUCCGAGAUCUCGGUUUACCUUUAAAUCCUUUGUAAAAUUUUCGAUGUGGUCAUAGGAGAGGGUGGUCUGGCUCGGUUACCGAGAUCUUGGUUUUUCCAACCGGGAUCUCGGUAAGCGGCUGGAAAAUUCUUCAUCCAGGUUACCGGAAUGAAUUCUUUGCAACGAAUAAUUUCGCUUCCGCAAAAAGGCGGCCCGAACGGCAUCGUUUUCCCUUACCUGAUGAAAUUUCCACAUCAUUAGCAACUCGUCUAACUGCAGUGAUACAGCUAAAAGGGUCGCAAAAGCCAUGAUAGGCGCAAAAUUAAUAACUCAGUUGCGUUUCGCUAUCUUUGUUUUGUUUUUCUAAUUUCGCGCCAAAACUCGGCCCCAGGAUCUUCGGCCUUUUCUCAUCUCGGAAACCGGGCUGAAUUUUCUCAUAUGAAACCAAGGCGAAAUUCGUCCCGGUAAGCGGGCCCAGCCCGGUAAACCGGGCUCAUAUGAAGAGGCCCCUCAGUCAUUACGCUUUUUAGCGGGUCUACGUGGCCCCCGAAGUGAAUACCUAAAGGCCUUCUAUGUACAAAAUCAAGCGGUAACACCCAUUUCUGAAUGACACAGCUAAAUCGCCGCCCUUGCAAGGUUACCACAACCCUUCGGCUCUAAAGUUUCUUUGGAUAAAUAGAUAGAUAGAUAGAUAGAUAAUCUUUAUUUACCCACGGACAAUUCAUCAGCAAUAAAAGCAUUCAAAUAUAUACAUGCAUCUAUUAGAUGAGAAACUAUAAAAACUAUACCAAAAGCACAAACCUAACUAAAGCUGCUUUCCACGAAUGCCGUGCCUGAGCGUACUUCUUUAAUUAAACGCUUAAAUAACCCAAGGGACUCUACUUGUCUUAUGUCAUGAAGAAGUCUGUUCCAAAGAACUAAAAGGUAUUCUUGUAACAGUUUGUGCGUGGCAAAGGAACAUUAAGCUUAUUCUCAGAGUCUCUUAGGUUAUACGCUGUUUCUCGCCUUUUAGAUUUAGAACAUGAAUAAUCUGGAGCUAAACCGUGCAGAGACUUAUAGACCAUUAUGGCUCUUUGUAUUUGCGGCUGGGAAGCUUGGUUUUUCCAUCUCAAGAGCUCAAACAAGUGACCAGCAUCGGCGUUAUAAUUUGAAUAAGUCAAAACACGGGCUGCUCUGUUUUAUGGUUUCUGUACCUUGUUCUGAAAAGUUGUCCCGCAGUUUCCCCCAACAAUAUUACAAUAGUCAAAAUGUGACUGAAUCAGAGCUUGAUAUAUUAGAAUCAAUGUCGCUUGAGGGACAAGGUGCCUUAUUCGUUUUAUAGCCCCAAUGCCAGAAGCAACUUUCUUUGUUAGUUUAUCGAUAUGACUGCUCCAAUCGAGUUUGUUAUCGAUGGUCAAGUGAUUUUGCAGUGGUGACCUAGCUAACUUGAUUGUCAUAAAUUGUGAUCGUAGGAGAAACUGCUAGAGUACUUAAUCUCAGCCAUGAACCGAUGAGCAUAAACUCGGUUUGAGUCAUAUUAGAGUAAGUUUGUUCGCCCUCAACCAACUAAGAACAUUCUCUUAGUCUUGAUUUAAAUACAACUGAAGAUUGUCUACACAAUCACCCGCAUAUGUGUUACGGCCGGCAAGACACUCGUCAACUGAGAUCCACGUUUCCAAAUCAACAACAACUCUUCUCUUAAUCAACCCUUCAUGUAAGUGUACACAGACAGUAUUCUCCAAAUACGGUCAUGAAACCAUACACGUAACAUCUCCCUUUCUUAAAAAAAAAAUAAUAAAACAACUCUGACAAAACUUGACUAAAAAAUCUGGCUAACUUAAGUUUACACAAAACUCGUUGACGCCGAGACUAAACCUAGUCCCUAACCGAACCUAACGCUUUUAUCAACGUUGGCUUAGGACUUAAAGGUGUGGCAGGCCAUGUCAGUGCCGUGAGUACUUCCUUGUGAUUGACACUAGGUAAGGUUGUACCACCCUUUUUGCUUUGCUUGUGUUGAGUUGUAGGCUCUGCUACAUGUCUCAAGAACUGCCUAUUCCUUCUGAGGGUCUGAUCGCCUGAUUUGACCACGUAGGACCUGUCUGAGAGUUUCUCUAGGCAAGUAGCUUGCCUCCACGUUUGAUUCUUCCGCAAGGGAGCAAUUCGGAGUUCUUGUCCAAUCUCCAGUUCAGGCAACUGUUUUGCACUACGGUCAUGGUAAAACUUUACUUUUCGCCUCUUCCACUGUAACUGCUCUGUAGAGUCUGGAAUUAUUUCGGGACGAAGAAGACUUACUGCUGUAGGUAACAGAGUUCGUGUUCUUCUAGACAUAAGCCUUUGAGCAGGGCCGGUUCCUAGACCUUCUGUAGGGGCGUUCCUAUAGUCUAAUAAAAAAUGUAAACCAGGGGCCCUCACCAUCACGUUUAGCUUUCUUGAAUAGCUGUUUGACCGUCUUGACUGAAGAUUCAGCUUUACUAUUAGCCUUUGCAUAAUGUGCUGAUGACGUCACAUCGUUGAAAUCCCAGAUGAGUGAAAACUCGUGAAAUUCCUGACUGCUAAACUGUGUCUGAAACAACAGUGUCCGGAAUCCCAUGUCUACUGAAUUGCUGUUUAAGAACUUGAAUAACUGCAUGUGAGGUAGUGUCCUCAAGUUCAUCAACUUCAACAAAAUCUGAGAAGUACUCAACGAGUGUGAUGUAAUUCUUCCCGUUUACUGUAAACAGAACUGUAGCAAAUUUGCUCCAUGGCCUGUCAGGAACUUUAUGAGAUUGCAUAGGCUGACUAGCAUUUUUUGCUUGAAACUCUGAGCAAACUUAGCAUCUCUCAACUACAGCUUUGAUUCCUGAAUUCAUGCCAGGCCAAUUUCCUUAAUCGAUUGACAAAACAGUAAACAGUUUAGUCGGGUGUUUGAGAACAAGAAUUAAACACCUACCUUUCGUAAACCACGUUUCGCUCGGGAGAAAAUAAUCCUCCAGUGCUUUGAGUGGUGAAUAAGUAGUAACUUCACCAGAGCCAAAUUAUGAUUCCGAAAAAUCUGCAGGCACUCUUUUCCCACAACGCAACGGAACGUUGCUGACCGUACCAGUUGAUUCCUUUGAUCCAAACCAGUCGCUUCUUCAUAAUCUUGCCAUUGUUGCUUGGAAAACUCCCAAUUACUUGGAACAUCCCCACGACAAACCAUUGCUGCUGGUACAGGGAAAUUUGUGGGGAAAUUGUAUAUCUGAGGCGGUGGGGGAGCGUGCAGACCGGCGGAAACAGCUUGUAGAGCUGGUGGUAGGGGGGCUUCUUCAGUAUCUGACAUCGUUUCGCUUUCUACGCACGUGGUCGAUGAAGGAAAUCGUCGUACGUAACGUUUGCUUCAGUUGUUUGGCUUCGCUUCGCACCCAGAACUGAUUGAACGGAGUGAAAACAUAACUAGUUAAUCGCGUGCAUUGCAGCUCCCUAUAAGAUUAAAAAAAAUCACUCCUGACACCAUGUUUCGCCAAUACACUCAAUUAAGAUCCACAUUUGUUGAGCAACAACAACUCUUCUUCCAAUCAACAACUCUUGUACGUGUACACAGACAGAAUUUCUAAAUAAGAUUAAAACCAUAUACGUAACAAUAUGUAAGGUGGAGUUGCUUUACUAGAAUGAGUGCUCUUGUGGGAGUCAGAUAUAGACCUAUGACCUGUCUGCUACUGCAGAGAAAUCAUAUAAGAUUGCGGGUAUCAAAGAGAAGGAGAUAGAUUCUUGAUUUUUUUUCAUUGUUCUGGUACCAACAGCAUGAUUUCACAGAGGAUAAUGGGGUAGCAAGGGGCAAUGAGUGCUUUUGUAGAAAACCAUAUUCAUUUGGUAGCUACAAUGUAAGCACUAAAUUUUUUCCCAAAAAUACUUACACAGACUAACAAGAGGCACCCUCGUAACAUGGGCCCGCCUAUAGGGUACCCUGUAACGAUCAUUAAAAUCUAAUCUGAAUUCAUAUUUGUGUUUGGCAGAGUAAGUGGUGUUCAAAUAUGGCCAGUGAAGACGAAAGAGAUGCAGCUGAUGGUGCCAGAUCAAGUACUAGUGGUUCUGCCAAGAGAGUAAAGACAGCUGGAGGGACUAAGGUAGAGAUUCAUGAUGUUUGGACAUCUAGAGUAUGGGUGACUACCGUCUUUGGGGCUACAUUAGACUUAGCCUAAAGGCUUAGUAACCUCAAGAAAAAGUGAAAAUUUGGGACUCACUCCAAAGGCUGACGAGUUCAAAUUCUAAAAUGGCGAGGUCAGCGAUUUUUCAAACAUUACAACUUCACGUUAAUUUAAGUCUGUGACUACGUUGCGUGGGUCGUUAAGCAUUCAUGCAUUCAUGCUAUUGUUUAGGUUCAUUUUCGAAUCAGUGGGGCUACCGUCGAAUUUCACUCGGAGAUGUAAGACUGCUGUAGAAAUCGGAACGCCCUUUGAUAAACAUUUGGGACAAGUUUUCUUUUUUUUAUCAUCCAAAAACGAAGAAUAGCUUCAAUAACGAAAAUUUUGCCUUUAAUUUCUUAACCACAAAGCUAGGAACGCCAAAUUUGAAAGGCAUAAUACCUCUAAAACAAAACAUAAGUUAAGUACACCGCCUCGCGCAUGACAAUAGCAAAUUGCAAGAAUUGAACCUUUUCGUCGGCCUUUCAACUUUAAGAGCAGUAAUGUGAAAAUAUCUACGUUUAUUGUAAUUAGAAGAUAUUUGUGUAUUUCUCUGUUGGGUCCAUUGGAUAAGAGGAUAAGUAGGCGGAAUUUGCCGUUCGCGUUUGCCGUGAACUUGGUUAAAAAUCAAGAACAGAAGUUUGGAGCUCAUUAACAAAACUGCUCGCGAGCGCACCCUUCCCACGAACACUUCCCUCAUCAAUUACUUUCAAAGGCUUCUGAUUAAUUUCAGAGUCGCAGAAAUGUGUAAAGAGCUCUCAGACUCGGAGCUAUUUUAUAUUCUUAGAUCGGACUUUGUAAAUAUCGAUCGUGAUCUGGCACGCGCUCAUGGAAAUGUCCUAGAAUGCACAACUUGCAAACACGCUUCGCACCCAUCUCGUUCAAAGGUCUCUAUAAAGCUCGCAAAACGCCCUCUUUUAUUUUAUGAAAAUCAAAAUUGGAACAAUUGGCGAGCAAAACUUGAAUGCAUAAAAUGUCUAAAGUCAUUAUUUGGAAUUCAUGCUUCACACGCGCCAGUAAAAGAUGGCUGUCCAUAGAUUACAAUGCCAGUAACAAGAAGUAAAUUGCGAACUUUUGCCUAUAAUCAUCAAAUAUGCUCGUUUGAGGUCUCUUUUUAAAGCUCUGAAAAAAGCUGUUUUAAUACAUACAAAUCAAACUUGAGAACAUUGAGCGAAAAAACUUGAAGGCCUAAAAUGUUUUCAAGCAUUCUUUGGAGUUCAUUGACACGUCAAAAAACACUUGUAGACGCAGCUGCUCGAGGUCGCUUAAUUGCACUAUUGUUUCAUUCAUUAGAGUCUUCCUCCAAAAUGAUCUUACCUUUUCCAGAACACAUUAAUCCGAACUUCGUCAUUACGCUUUGGGCGGGUCUACGUGGCCCCCCCGAAGUGAAUACUCAUAGGAGUAAAUCGAGCCUUCUAUGAACAAAAUCAAGCGGUAACACCCAUUCCUGAAUGACACACUUAAAUCGCCGCCCUUGAAAGGGAACCACAACCCUUCAGCUCUGAAGUUUCUUUACCAGCAUGAGUGCUCUUGUGGGAGUCACAUAUAGACCUAUUACCUGCCUGCUAUUGCAGAGGAAUCAUACAAGAUUCCAGGUAUCAAAGAGACUGAGAUAAAUUCUCGAUAUUUUUAUUGUUCUUGUAAUAACAGCAUGAUUUGACAGAGGAUAGUGGGAUAGGAAGGGCAGUGAGUACUUUUGUAGAAAAUCAUAUUCAUUUGGUAGCUAUAAUGUAAGCACUAUUUCUUUCCCAAAAAUACUUAUACAGACUAACAAGAGGCACCCUUGUAACAUGCGCCCCGCCCAUGGGGUACCCUGUGACGAUCAUUAAAAUCUUAUCUGAAUUCAUAUUUGUGUUUGGCAGAGUACGAGGAGUUCAAAUAUGGCCAGUGAAGACGAAAGAGAUGCAGCUGAUGGUGCCAGACCAAGUACUAGUGGUUCUUCCAAGAGAGUGAAGACAGCUGGAGGGACUAAGGUAGAGGUUCAUGAUGUUUAGACAUCAAGAAUAUUGGUGACCACCGUCUCUCUCCAAAGGCUGACGAGUUCAAAUUCUAAGAUGGCGAGGUCAACGAUUUUUCAAACAUUACAACUUCACGUUGAUUUAAGUCUGUGACUACAUUGCGUGGGUCGUUAAGCAUUCAUAUUUUCUUGCUAUUGUUCUUGUACAUUCUCGAAUCAGUGGGGCUCCCGUCGAGUUUCACUCGGAAAUGUAAGAUAGCUGUAGAAAUCGGAACGCCCUUUAAUUUCAGAGUCGUAAAAAUGUGUAGAGAGCACUCAGACUCGGAGCUAUUUAUUUUCUUAGGUCGGACUUUUGUAAAUUUCGAUCGUGAUCUGGCGCGCGCAUAUGGGAAUGUCCUAGAAUGCACGACUUGCAAACACGCUUCACACCCACCUCGUUCAAAGGUCUCUUUGUAAAGCUCGCAAAAUGUCUUUUUCUAUUUUAUGAAAAUCAAAAUUGGGAACGGUUGGCGAACAAAACUUGAAUGCAUAAUAUGUCUGCAGUCAUUCAUGCUUCACACGCGCCAGUAAAAGAUGGCUGUGCAUAAAUUACAACGCCAAUAACAAGAAGUAAAAUGCGAACUUUUGCCUACAAUCAUCAAAUAUGCUCGUUCAAGGUCUCUAUUUAAAGCUCUGAAAGUGCUCUUUUUAAUAAAUACAAAUCAAACUUGAGAACAUUGAGCGAAAAAAACGUCAAGGCACAAAAUGUUUACACUUGUAAACGCAGCCGCUCGAGGUCGCUUAAUUGCACUAUUGUUUCAUUCCUUAGAGUCUUCCUCCAAAAUGAUCUUACCUUUUCCAGAACACAUUAAUCCGAACUUAGUCAUUACGCUUUGGGCGGGUCUACGUGGCCCCAAGUGAAUACUCAUAGGAGUAAAUCGAGCCUUCUAUGCACAAAAUCCAGCGGUAACACCCAUUCUUGAAUGACGCACGUAAAUCGCCGCCCUUGAAAGGGUACCACAACCCUUCAGCUCUGAAGUUUCUUUAUUAACAUGAGUGCUCUUGUGAGAGUCACAUAUAGACCUAUGAUCUGUUUACUACUGCAGAGGAAUUAUAUAAGAUUGCGGGUAUCAAAGAGUAGGAGAUAAAUUCUCGAUAUUUUCAUUGUUCUUGCAAUAACGAAAAAGAAGCGGUUUUUAACACAUUUAAUGUAAAAAAUUUGCGAUAAAACAUUCCGUAAAAGCAUAUUAAAAAUAUGUUGACGACGUUUCGACGUUUGGCUAACGUCAUUAUUAAGUCGAUGAGUGAAAGAUAAAAAAUGUUUAAAUACUAAAAAACAAUAAGUAAUAGAAUGUUCUUUUAAAAAAAGGGUUUUGCGCGAGUGGAAUCAGUCUGCGUGUUGAGACUAGGAUUGCACUGCUUAAUGAAAAGCAUUUUUAGAAUGUGGUAUUGCCUUUCUUUUGAGGAGGCUUGAAUCCCCAUGGGCUGUCGAAAAAUGUUUACCGAUCGCAGAGUACUUAUGUUCAACAAAACGUUGGUAAAGGUGUCGAGCUGUAAAGCUGACAUAAUCUGAAUCACACUGAUCACAAAUAAAAGAGUAAACAACGCCUUGUUGAUUUACGAUUGGAGGCUUGAUUCCUCUGGGCUUGAGGUCUUGUUCCAAUUUUCAGCUGAUAAACACGGGUUGUAGUGUAGUGCUAAUCUUGUUACUGAGAUCACCCAUUUGCCUUUUAACUGCGUUAGCUGAUGUUUGAUCUUUGAAGGGCAAACUCACUUGCACAACGCUGCUGUUUUCCUUGUUUUUCUCUCUAAAAAUGAAAAGCUCUGAAUGGUUUUGGCAAUGGAAGAAUUUAUCAUUGCCAAGGGAUAAUCAAAUCGGGUAAAGAGCAUGAUAACAAUAACUGCAUGAUUUGACGGAGGAUAAUGGGAUAGCAAGGGGCAGUGAGUGCUUUUGUAGAAAAUCAUAUUCAUUCGGUAGCUACAACGUUUCUUUCCCAAAAAUACUCACACAUGGGCCCUGCCUAUAGGGUACCUUGUGACGAUCAUUAAAAUCUAAUCUAAAUUCAUAUUUGCGUUUGGCAGAGGAAGAGGAAAUCAAGUAUGGAAAGAAAAGCCAAAAGAGAUGCAGCUGAUGGUGCCAGAUCAAGUACUCGUGGUUCUGUCAAGAGAGUAAAGACAGCUGGAGGGACUAAGGUAGAGAUUCAUGAUGUUUGGACAUCUGGAGUAUUGGUGACCACCGUCUCUAGGGCUACAUUAUAUUAGAUAACGACUUAGUAACUUCAAGGAAAAGUGAAAAUUCACUCCAAAGGCUGACGAGUUCAAAUUCUAAAAUGGCGAGGUCAAUGAUUUUUCAAACAUUACAACUUCGCGUCGAUUUAAGUGUGUCCCUACGUUCCUGGGUCGUUAAGCAUUUAUAUAUUCAUGCUAUUGUUUAGAUUCAUUUCCGAAUCAGUGGGGCUCCCGUCGAAUUUCAUUUUUAUUUCAUUCAAAUUUAAACUUCAAUUCAUUUACAUUUAAACUUCAAUUCAUUUAAAUUUAAACUUUAAUUCAUUAAAAUUGACACUUAAAUUUAUUUAAAGUUAAACUUUUAAAGUUUUAUCGAAAGUUACGAAUUUGUAUUUUAUUUAAACUGCGAGAUUCUAUUUGAUCCUCCUGGGGCGAGCUCGACCAGGGUCACGUGAUUAUGUCAUCAUCAGUGGCUAUUUCGUUUGACGGACAAUUUGAACGACUUAAAGAAGCUUCGAUUUCUUACACUUUUCCAUUUUGUCUUUGGUUUUCUGGAAAGGAAAUAAGCUUCACCAAUCUGAAAAAGCAAUUCUAAAAUGGCUGACGGGUAAGAGAAAUUUUUGAAAGAUAUGCUGGAGAGAUCAAAGGAAAUAAAUGGAGGCAUUCACCACGAAAGUGGAGGAGACGACCGUGAGAACUUGCUUUGUGAACUGCAGUUGCACGUCGACAUACUUGGCAAGACUGUCCAGUUCUUGCAUGAAAUUGGAAAUAUAUCAUCUCUUGACAAUCAGGAUAAGAUAAAAUGGAAUGAUCUGUAAAACGUUUAUUCUGAGGUAGAAAAGGAGUUUGUUUGUCUCUAUAAUGAAUUGUUAUUAUGAAUUCACUCGAUCUGCAUUGACUUGCGAGCUUGCGUUCAUGUCAGGCUACUUUCAUUCUCUUGGUUUGCAUGUGCAGAGAAACCAAAUUAGAGCGGCAAUAAACAGAGUAGACCCCCGGAAUACCACCCUAAGGUAUUCCGAGUUUAUAUCUUUUUAAAACUCAGAAAAAACUCUGUUUUAAUACCUACAAAUCAAACUUGAGAACAUUGAGCGAAAAAACUUGAAGGCUUAAAGUGUUUUCAAUCAUUUUCUGGAGUUCAUUGACACAUCAAAACAAAAAGGAUACACUUGUAGACGCAGCCGCUCGAAGUCGUUUAAUUGCGCUAUUGUUUCAUUCCUUAGAGUCUUCCCCCAAAAUGAUCUCACCCUUUCCAGAACGCAUCAAUCCGAACUAAGUCAUUACGCUUUGGGCGGGUCUACGUGGCCUCCGAAGUGAACACUCAAAGGAGUUAAUCGAGCCUUCUAUGUGCAAACUCCAGCGGUAACACUCAUUUCUGAAUGACACACUUAAAUUUCCGCCCUUGAAAGGGUACCACAAACCUUCAGCUCUGAAGUUUCUUCACUAACAUAAAUGCUCUUGUGGGAGUCACAUAUAGACCUAUGACCUGUCUGCUACUGCAGAGGAAUCAUACAAGACUGCGGGUAUCAAAGAGAAGGAGAUAAAUUCUCGACAUUUUCAUUUUUCUUGUAACAACAGCAUGAUUUGACAGAGGAUAAUGGGGUAGGAAGGGGCAGUGAAUGCUUUUGUAGAAAAUCAUAUUCAUUUGGGGUGACAAUGUAAGCACUAUUUUUUCCCAAAAAUACUUACAUAGACUAACAAGAGGCACCCUUGUACCAUGGGUCCUGCCCAUAGGGUAGCUUGUGAUGCUCAUUAAAAUCUAAUCUGAAUUGAUAUUUGUGUUUGGCAGAGUAAGAGGUAUUCAAAUAUGGCCAGUGAAGUUGAAAGAAAUGCAGCUAAUGGUGCCAUGGGAGUAAGGACACCUGAAGGGACUGAGAUAGAGACUAAUGGUGCUUGGACAGCUAGAAUAAAGGUGACCGCUGCCCUUAAGGAUGCAUUUGACUCAGCUAAAGAGUUUGGAAAGUUUGUCCUUGAGAACCCAGAAUUGAUUAUAAAGAAAUUGCGAUUCGCUCUUGAAUGUUGGGGCAUCAUUAAGGAAUUCUGGUAUGGGUCAAUCAUUCUUGACUUGGAUUGUAGAUCACAGGAGAAAUUUUUAGAGUUUCAAAAAGACUUUGAGAAUGGGAAAGUCAAAGAUGCAAUGGAGACAGAGUUCAGAGAAAUUGGCUACAAUGGCAAACUGGAAUUAAAACUCACGAAGGAAACUCCCGAUACGGCUAUACUUGAAAUAAGGUAAAUAAGUUGUUUUUAUUUGAUAGCUGACAUGUAGUAGUCUGUGAGUCAGGUGACUGGCCAGGCCUUCCCUUCAUACCUCAACAGGCAAUCAUUUUAGCAGGCAGUCACAUUAACUUCUCUAUUCAUACCUGUUUAACCUUGUACUGUAAUUCAGUACACCCUAAAUCAGUAUGCACACAUUCUCCAUACUAUUUUCUGUACAUUUCCCAAAGUAGACACAAGGCGAAUUGGUUUAACAAUCAAGAGCUUCUUUAAUAAGUUGGUGAUCAUUUCCUUUAUUCUUAUGACCUUAAUGUGUGGUUCAGGGUGAUAUUGUAAGGAGAAAUUAAAUGCCAGAUUAGGUCACUCUUGGGGAACCAAUGGUUAGUAUUUUGUACUGUUUCCAACAGUGUGAAGAUUGUUUUAUCUGCAUUAAUGCCUUUACUCUGCAGUUCAAAUGCAUUAAUGGGGUCUCUAUUAAUUCUUCUAGAUAUGUUAAGGACCUUUAGCAAGAAAAUUUUGCGCUUUCAUGAUGAAUAGCUAGCUCCCACUGUUGGCUAAGAUAACAUUGAUUAUUUGAGCUCUCAAUGAAAAUCCACAAAGUUAUAGGUGACUAUAGAGUUCUCUAGCCUUCAAUCUCUUGCAAAAAUACAAAUUGCUCAGAAUCAAAAUGGGGGAUUAAUAAUUCACUUUAUGUGGAUGUUUUUUGUUUAAAAUGCCAUAUUCUUAUGCGAGAUUCAGUUUACUUUAAGAGUUCUUGUCAGCUGUGUUAUUUUAUUUUAUACGUUAGUGUUGCCAUUUACCCAUCAUGACAAUGCAUUGACCUCCAAUGUUGGCAAAAAGAAAAAAUGCUUAUUUAAAAGAUAAGAGCUAUAUUUUUUGAGAACAUGGCCUUUUUUUCAGCAAAGAAACCAGAACAAAAGAGACCAAGAAAUUUUUCAUUGUAAAUCCCAAUCCUGAUGUUGUGUCCCGUGGAAAAAGGAAAGAAGAAAAAGAGAGCAAACAAAAAGCCGGUGAGACACGUGCUCUGUGAAUGUUUACAGACCUUUAUAUCAUGUAGUAUAUCAAAAAUAUGCACUACUGCAUGAUCUAAUAGCUUCCAAAUUCAGAGAAUGUGCAAACUAAGUCGCUAGUCUGUAUGUAGAUCUUUUUUGUCUGCUUGCGAAAAAAAAUUUUUCGGGCUAGUAAAAAUGACUUUCAGGCUAGUAGAUGUUAGGUACAGCUUGCCAAAAGGGCAAGCUGUAAAACUGACCUUCUUUGCACCCUGUUAUGCAUGUACAUAUACUUAGGCGAAUAAGCCUCUCAUGCCCAAAUUUUGCUUCUCAAACUUAACAAAUUUUAACCUUUGUACAUUUAAUUACCAAACAAAAUAUUGUGAUAGGCUGCGUUACUGUCACUGGGAGAGUCACUUACAUUUAAAAAUAAAAGUUUGUAGUAAGCAAUUUUAAUCAUGAAAGGCCCUUCUUUUGACAGAAGUCGAAGAGAAUCCAGAAGGGGCAGACAACCCAGAUAAGGAAGAUAUUCAGCCACCUUCUCUGAAGCGUAAAGAAGGUACCAGAGACUUUUUACUUGCCAAGUUUUGGUUCCUGGAAACAGAGAAAAGGUUUUGGUCGAUGCAAUUAUGAAACAAAAUGUCAAAAGAGAAUUAUUUUUGAACAGUGUAGUUCUUGAAGGGCCUCUUAAUUUUGACAGCACUAUUAAUAUUAGAACAUAUUUAUCUCAGAAUUAAUUGGGUGGUUACAGUAAGGUUGCAUGAUCCUGAAACAGGUAUGUUUCUUUCAUUUGUAACAGCUUGUAUAAAGAACUAUGAGAUGUUAGCAAUUAUAUAAAUAAUAAGUUUCGAAGUUAUACAGUAUUAAACAAAACUCAACCUUAAAACUAAUUAUAUAUCGAUGGUUAAAUCAUGCUAUUGAAGAAUACAAAUGACUCAGGUCACCACGUAAGUGUGUUAGAGAAAAUACAUUGCCGCUGACCAGAAGUGCCUUUUCUUUUUAGCUAAUGGCAGUUACUGGAUAAAUUGUAUUUCAAUAGAUCAAAAUGAACCACUUAUUGUCUAAGCUUGCUAUGCCAGGAUCCAUAUUUUAGCCUGAAGAACAGGUGUAAGUUCUUUUGCCUUUUUCAGUAGAAUUGAGGCAAGCAUAAGGCGAGCAUGAGGCAAGCACAAAUUCAUGGGGAGGAGUAAUAUUAUUUGCACUCCUACCCUGUGUAUGACUUGCACUCGCCUAGCACUUAUCUUCAUUUGCCUGAAAAAUGCAACAAAUUAUGCCUGUUCUAUAGGCUAACCUUCUUAGACUCUAGUUCUUUGACAAACUAGUGAGCAGGAGGAAAUGCAAGCACAAAAAUGAAAUAUCAUAUUUUUACCAUGACCUUUUCAUCUCUAUUACUUACAUACUAGCUUCUGGUUCCACUGAAGUUAAGCAAGAGGAGAAAAGUGGCUCAGCUGCCAAAAAACCUAAAUUUGAUCCUAUUGGAGAACCUGGAAUCUCUGGGGUAUCCAGCACCAGUGAGACAGGGAAGUUUAAGGGUAAGGACAAAAGGAAAAUUACCUUCUAAGGUGAUUGAUUAUCCAACAGCAUGAUAUUUUAAGGAUCAAUCAUGUAAAAAUUUCAUGACAGACUUGAAGAACCUCCAAUCUCUCUCCCAAAAUAUUUUUUUGUGAUGAAUUGUUACUGACUCACCAUCAGUUAUGCCCCCCACUAGCUGUCACAACAUAAAUCAAUUCUGAUCAGUUUGAUUCAACAUAUUAUACCUGAUAAUAUGAGGAAUGUGUGUGUGGAUAUGUAUUUGUAUAGUUACUUUUAGGAGCGUUUCCACAAGAGCACUAGGCAGUCGUGCUACAUGCCAUCUCACAAAAACUUUGAUUGAAAGCUUGUCAAUCAACAGAGGUAAAUAAGUGAUUGUGUGUUUCUAGACUUUUCGAUUCAUCCAAAUAUUUGACGUCUUUGAGGUGAAAUAUCUCCUCUUACCAGAAAACUACAACACUAAUUUUUAUUUCCCAUUAGAAUUCGUCAUUUAAUCUCUGAAAACCAUCAAAAAAGUCUUUAGGCACUACCGUAUUUUUUCUUGGAUGCUUUUUAAAAUCUGCGGCUGUGACAAGCUUCUCUCAUCCACAACUGUCAUGCAAUUCUGGCUCUAGGCAGUCUCUUGUAUACAAGAUAAUUGAUCAAGAAAACUAGGAAAUGUGAAAAACUCCCGAGAUUUCUUGUAGGAAUGGAAAAUUUCACGUUUAGAGAGAUGCAUGUAGGCAUGUCGUUUGUUACUUUGGAGAUUUGCCGAAAUCAGCAAAUAUGGUUUUUGUACGGCACAAAACACUCAUUAGUCUAUAAUUUGAUCGUUUGUCAUCAUUAUCGUUUACUUUAGGAAACAAUAAAGUCACACGCCGCGUGUUGGUCGACAUUAUUACAAGCUCCAGUGUGCGACAACUUCGGCUUUUACAGACGAGAAAUUCUGCGCUCUCACUUGAGUGGAAAUAUCAAUGGUUCUAUCAAACUAAAAAUUGUGCUACCACUCCGAAAAUAAAAUUAAAAUAGUGUUGUCGUUGCCAAUUACCGCCAUCGAACAUUUUCACGUGACCCGAAGGCUUUUCGUAGGAAUUAUUCAAGCGCGUUGUUCAUGCUGUCUUCCAGAUUACAAUUUCAGAAUGUUCUGCAGAUCUCUAUGUUUAUUUGCUUACUUCGAUCGCAAAGUAUCUACGUUUUUUUUUAAAUUUUUUUAGAAGUAUUGUAUUAGUACACGUAAAUCUACAUCUCUCUUGUUCGAGUAUUGCCGGUGUCACACCCCGGUCCAAAUCCGCUAGCGAAUAUGGACCCCCCUUCGCAGAUUUGAACCCCCUACCAAACUUUCCUUUUAAGCUUCCUUUGUAUCAUACUUGGUCACUAAUUCUAUUUGCAAGCUUUUUUGUCGAUGUUCUUUUCAAUCACAACACAACAUUCCUCAAUAAAGGUAAUAAAAAAAAACCAGCUAUUUUGUUCCAAUUCUACCACAUUUAUUACAGCGAGUCGUACAGUAUGCGCUAGAAUUAGAUGUGAACAAACUGCUGAUGUGUACAAACUACAUUGAUACGAAGCGUCAUAACAAAAGUGAAGACUAUUGCGUCCAGUCACAAAAAUAACUCAGUCUGAUUUUCUAAAAUAAUAACAUUAAACAGUUUUUGAACAAGAACGAAGAAACUACUCCUAUUACAAGUCGUUCGUAAAGCCUAUGAUAAGUAAAAAUUUUUCUAUUCUGAACUAUUGGAACUCUCAGCUUAUUUUCAGAUGCAAAUGAACAUUAACGUCACAGUCUUAACAAAAGUGGAGACUAUUACAUUGAACUCAAUCUUAUUUUCUAAUUUUAACGAUUAUUAACUAUUGAGGGAUCCGAAAUAACACCUUAACAAUUACGAAGACGUCUAGAGUCUUGUAAUCUGCACAGCCAUUCGCCCUCCGGGGCAGUCUUAAAUCCCUCGCAGCUCAUGUGUAACCAUUCCUCGCACAACUCGCACUGUACCAUGUCGUCCCAACAUUGAAGCAUUGAACAAUGACAAAAUAAAUUAAAAUAAAUUAGUGUGACAAGUUUGUCUCUUAUUGAAUCUAGGGGUGUUCGGCUAUCGCGGAAAAGGUUCAAAAAUGACCUCUCUCCAGACAUUAAACUAAAUUCUUGCCCAUUUUCCCUUGGUCAAAAGAAACAUCCGACGGGAUGUCAGUUCGUAUGCAUUAACUAUACGCAUGUUUUGAAUUGAAAACAUACUUUAGUACGCACUGGAACAUAAAGUAUCAUCCAUUUUUACCAGAACGUUAAGGAUGAUGUUUUCAUUCACUUUUUGUUGGGGGAUCCAUAUCCACUAGCGGAUUUGGAUAGGGGGGUCCAUAUCCGCUAGCGGAUUUGGACCAGGGGGGUCCAAAUCUAGGGGGGUCCAAUUCCGCUGGGACACCGGCGUUUAACUACGUGACUUGUAAAAUUCAUUUAAGACUUAGCCAGCAAUAUUUUGACCAGUAGAUUUCCGGUAAAUUUCCCUAGGUAGGUCAUGUAUUAGGAAUUAUUAUCUACUCAACACAUAUUAUACCCUAUACUAUACAUACAUAAAGUAAUGUUCAUAAUAAUUCCCCAUACAUGACUUACUUUCGAAAAUUUUCCUUGAUGAAAAAAUCCGAAGACAUGGCCAGUUGUCUUCCAGGGAAAAGACAAUAGAUUUGAAAGGAAAGUGAGAUGCAAAGAUCUGUAUUUGUUGUAGCCUAAUAGCAGUUGUACCCUUUCCCGCAGUCUUCGUCAAAAUUUUACAAGGUCCCUCCUUAUCUUCUGCCUUGUUCGGCCACUUUCGACUUCCAAAGCUAGAUCAUCGGCAUCGGCCUUUUCGUCUUCAUUCAUACUUACAGAGGGGGACCUCUUCAAUAAAACAGCUUUUGUUAGGACAGAUAACCGGCUGAAGUAUCGAGCGAUUUGCUGCUCUAUUAACCAGUCAGUCUCAGACAACAUUUCUGGCCGGUCUUGUCUAUGAACUGGACAUUUGGGAAGCCACAUUAGAGGUGGUUGUCUCACUAGUUUCCUCCCCUGUCCAACCUUGUCCAGGAGGUAAUUCUUUGCUUUCUGAGAAAAGGCAGCUGACUUUUUUGCUUUCCAAAGAGCCCAUCCAAAGUCCACCUGGUUAGUUAGGGGUUGUUCGUCAGAAGUUUGCCUGAGUUCCGACCUUGAACGUAGCCACCCCCUACAGAAUGGCAAGCCUCCGUCCAUUUCCUCUUGAUCUCAUAAUGGGCAGAUUUUUUUGUCGGCUUCACUUCGUGUUUGCUUAUGUUAAGGUGCUUUUGGAUGGCAGUGAAUGACUGAAACGUGUUUUAAAAUACAUUCUUCCUCUUAACAAGAAUAUCUUGUUUUCUUGUUCUGUCUGUGAUGGAUUGAGUAUGGUUCUCGCGAUGACCCGGGUUCAGAGAUCUGUGCACGUGGCUGAUAUAUAACCAACCGCGUCUACGAUUAGUUUGCUGAAGGUUUCUCAUGUGAUGAGCCUAGUGAAACCCUGAGGUGCUCCAAACUGUGCACGUUGGUCUGCGCUUUAAACUUGUCGCAGUUCCAAAGUCAUAGGGAGCAUCGCCCGCCUCUAUUUAUUUGAGCGCCUUUACAGUAUCUGCGUUCCCCAGCAAUCAUACGAUAUGAAGUUCAUCUCUGUCACAAAUCACCAGUUAGGAAAACUGAUGUUCAGAUAAGCGCUCUUCUUGCCCUUUUUCCGUAUUCAUUUAGAUAAGAGUUACAGUACGCGUUCUAUUAGGUUUACAGUCACCUUGCUACAAGAGAGACUCGCCACCAGCUUUGAUUUCUUUUGACAUCUUCAGAUUUAUCUCUCUCUCAACUUUACGUCUUCGAUUUUUAUGAGGAGGAAACUGGCAUCUACGAACCCGAAGGUCUGAAUCUUACACGAAGUUUUCCAUGAUAUUUGAGGCAUAUCGUGAAAUCGCGGCCUUCGUAAUCUCCAAAUAAGUCAAUACGAGCUAGAAUAAUCUUCUUCUCAGACGAGACUCAUGUUUGGUAUACAUUGACGUCUCUCAAAUGUUCUUUUAUGCUGUACACCCACGAAAUUAGGGGUAUGAGCCGUUGCCGUCCCUGGCCAGCGCGAGAAAAAUAACAUUUGGAGUUACAGUUAGUUGAAAUGAACAAGAUAACUGCGCCAUCAUGACUCUAUCGAUUAGAGUUUUAGGUUGAAUUGAGGGCUUCUUAGACACUCGAUUACUUAUUUGGCAUCACUGCGAAGACGCAAUACGACUGAUACACGUACACUACAUAGGAUAAAAAAUGUCUGUUGCAUUGUUGCGAGAGGGAGAAAAAUAUUUCAAGAAGUGUAAACUCUUGAGUAAUCUCACCUCGCUGCAUCGUUGGCAAUUUUAGUCGGCAAGAGCGAAGACGCGCCAAACUAAGUGAAAUCGCCCUCAAGCGUGGGGAAACGCACAUUUUUUUAUUAUCAUGAUCAAAGCGCAAUGAUGUACCUUAAUUGAUACUUACGGUAUUAAACCAUUGAUUAUGACAGGGUGAGCCUAACUUUUCUGUCGAGGUCGAUGUGACUUCACAUUGAAAGUGUUUUUGACGGAUCAAACUAGUGAGCAUCACUGCACGAACUGAGGAAGUUAAAACUUGAAUUUAUCUCCCACGCGUUUCGUCUGAGAAUAGCAGACUUAAUCAAGGAGUUUUACAAGCAAGGUAAAUAAGCUUGCUCAUAUAUAAAUAGCAAAUAAGUUGUCUCUUUAUUGGUGAAGCCAGUGGAAAGACUUCGCCAGGUGCGCCAACGGUGUUGUACAUGCGUGACAUUUUUCGGCCGUUAUAUGUACGAUUACGUGAUCCAUUUGAGGGUCACAGAUUUUGUGAAAAUAUUUGACCCUUCAACACAUUACAUACUCGUCCGUGUAAUGUCUCUAGUUUACAAAGGUCAUAGAACGCUUCAUUGCGUGGAUUUGCCUUCUGCGGCUAGAAGGCUAAAAGCGAAUUUCUCGGGCGUAGUUACUUUUGAUUUCUCAAUUUAUGUUGUCGCGAACACAGUUUUUGGGAAUCACGAAACAAAAAACUUUUCGGGACCUAGUUUCAUGUUCUCAGGAUGGCAAUAGGAGGAAAUAAAAAAACAUCCUCUUGAAAAAUAGUUAUGAAUGACAGAGGUUCUUUGAAACAAAUAGUGAUAGAAAGGGUUUUAGUUCUGGUAAAUAUUGACUUUUCAUAGCCUACUUCCAAAUCUGAGGGAAUGCCCUGUGGGAAUAAAAAACAUACAUGUAUAAUAAUACAAGAAAGAGAAUAGAAAUACAAAUAAAGAAAAAGGAGAAAACGUAUGAACCCGUGUAGCUUGCACUUUUUCAGCGUGCAGAUAUCUUUUGAGCCAGACCUACAUACCUAUGCCACGCCAAGCAAUGAAACUCGAAAGAGUGCUGUGUAUCAACUGGCUCGCACGUGCACGCGGGAAAGGCCAUGACAUUCAGCAAAA